AUUAGUGUCAUUCAAGAAAAUCGUAUCCAAGUUCAGAAAUCAGAAUAUUUUUCUCCGUCUGCCUUCACGAAACAACUGCCUGAAAAAUGGUUACUGCACUGGAACUCCUUGAAAACCGUGGCGAUCGGCAGCCCACGAUUAUGAACACGCUUUUCAAUCCACUUGCUUCUGCAUUAGCUGGAUGUGGUCUUGCCAUGUUUAUAAAUUUCGCUUACAGGAGGCCAGUAUGGUCGGGAAUCCAAAAGCACAUCGCAUUCACAGCGAUAGGAGGCGGUCUGGGUUUGUAUUUAGAUAAGAAACGUAAUGAACAUCUUGCUGACCGUGAUGCUGUACUUCGUCACUACAUCAUGCUGCAUCCUGAAGAUUUCCCAAUGCCAGAACGCAAGAAGUAUGCUGAUGUUUUGGAAGUGUGGCAACCAAUUCGUUAAUUAGGAGACUUUUCCUAUGCAAACAAAAUAACAACAACUAAAUUGAACAGCAAUGAUUACUGCUGGUCAUAUAAUGUAAAUGUAGAAUGGCGUUUAGCGGCUUUUUAAUCAAGCUAAUAAAGAAUAAAAUAUGAGAUAUUUUAAAAA